AUGCCGCCGUUAUUAGCACCCGAUGCCCCACCCGCAGCUGACGAGCGCGUAUCAUUUGACCUCAACCUUCAACACGGCCACAAAGACCUCGUCCAGGCCGUCGCCUUCAACACCUACGGAGACCGCUGUGCCACCGGCUCAGUAGACGGCAAGAUCCGAGUCUUCAACCGGCACAAGGACGGCAUGUGGAGGAACUGCGAUACGUGGAAUGCCCACGGCGGCGAAAUCUUAGAGCUCCAAUGGCUCCCGGCCACUAUCUACCCAAAUCUCAUCGCCUCCCUCGGCAUAGGCGGCCGCUUCAAGCUCUGGGCCGAAGACCCAUCCGCACCCCCGGGCCGCCGCUUCGCCUCCCCGACCCGCUCCAAAGCCGCCUUCGACACCCGUUCCUCCAAAGGUUCCCCCUACCGCUCCUUCUCCAUGAAACAUCUCGAGCCGACGCACCACACGUACCUCGCCCUCCUCGACGCCCAGGGUCGCCUUUCGGUCUACGAGUCCGACGAGCCCGAGACCAUUGCCGAAUGCGUCGCCGUUGACGAGCUGUCCGUGUGUGAUCGUCCGCCGCGCGGCGAGGAGAUUUCUUUCCGUGUGCGGUUUGAUCCGAAUCCGGAGGUGUGCUAUAAUGCUGUACGCGCGGGGGUAGCGGCUGAUAGCGUCGCUCUCGUCGUGGCGGCUAUGAACUCUGUGAAAGUCUAUCGCAGCCGCGACGUCGUCGCUACUUCGGCUUAUGGCGUGCAGCACGCUAAGAAGGAAUUCUACCUCGCCGUUGAGAUCGCGGAGCCGCACCGCGGUCUCGUCAGGGACGUCGCUUGGGCACCCGGGAACAUCCGCGGCUACGACAUGAUCGCCACCGCGUGCCAGGACGGCUUCGUCCGCGUCUUCCGCAUAGAUACCCCUUACUCCCCCACCGACGGCAAAUCCUGGGCAGUCUCAGACCUCGUCCCUUCCUCUUCCUCCUCCUCUUCCCACCACGGGCCCGGACAACACACAAACGGCUCUUCUACCCCUUCCGCCCUCCACAGAGAUGUGAAACCCGUCUCCGCAUCCGGCUUAAGCGCCAGCCUCGCGAAGCCAUCCAACACCGCUACGCUGGACCGUGUGCACUCCCAGUCUCAUACCCCUUCGGCACAUCACCACCAGCAGCACCAUGCGGAUCGGGACCAGCAGGCUCCGGACGUGACGCAUGCCGUUCGUGAGCUGUCGAGGCUGGAUUCGCAUCGGACACCUGUUUGGCGCGUCGGCUUUGAUGAUGAUGGCUUGGUUUUGGGGAGCGUGGGUGAUGAUGGGCGGUUGGUUUGUUAUCGGCAGAUGCCUUCUGGGUUGUGGGCGAAGAGCAGUGAGCUAGGCAUUGUGAAGGCGAGGAUGAUGGCUCCGUAG